GCUUGCGGCUCUUGCCGCUGAGGGUUGGAAGACAAGAUGGCGGCGCUGGAGGAAGAGGAGCGGGCGUUGUUGGGCGAGGAGGAGCCGCCGCCGGAGCGCGAUGCGCCCCCUUCGAGGAAGCCACUUUCGGCGCUCUGCGACCCGCAGCGCCUGGCUCAUCGGCUGGUGGUCCUGGCGCUGAUGUGUUUCUUGGGCUUCGGCAGCUAUUUUUGCUAUGACAACCCUGCAGCUCUGCAGACUCAAGUUCAGGGGGAUAUGAAAGUGAACACUGCUCAGUUUAUGGCAUUGUAUGCCUGGUAUUCCUGGCCAAAUGUCGUCCUCUGUUUCUUUGGAGGCUUUCUAAUAGACAGAGUCUUUGGAAUAAGAUGGGGCACAAUAAUAUUUAGCACCUUUGUCUGUGUUGGGCAGCUCAUCUUUGCUUUAGGAGCAGUAUUUAAUGCUUUUUGGCUGAUGGAAGCUGGACGGUUUGUAUUUGGGAUUGGUGGGGAGUCCUUAGCAGUGGCCCAAAAUACCUAUGCUGUCAGUUGGUUUAAAGGAAAAGAAUUAAACCUUGUGUUUGGACUGCAACUCAGCAUGGCUCGGAUUGGGAGCACUGUGAAUAUGAAUAUUAUGGGCUGGGUGUACUCUAGAAUACAAGAUCUGCUGGGUUCUACAGGUCACACCACUCUCGGCAUAGUCCUCUUGAUAGGUGGUGUAACAUGUAUCUUUUCAUUACUCUGUGCUCUCUUCCUUGCUUAUUUGGACCGAAGAGCAGAGAAAAUUCUUUGUAAAGAGCAGGGGAAAACGGGUGAAGUGAUUAAGUUAACUGAUGUAAAAGAUUUCUCGUUGUCCCUGUGGCUCAUAUUUAUCAUCUGUGUGUGUUAUUAUGUGGCUAUCUUCCCUUUCAUUGGACUUGGAAAGGUUUUCUUCAUUGAGAAAUUCAAGUUUUCUUCUCAAGAAGCAAGUGCAAUCAACAGCAUUGUGUAUGUCAUAUCAGCACCCUUGUCUCCUGUCUUUGGAUUCCUAGUGGAUAAAUUUGGAAGGAACAUUUCCUGGGUUAUAUGUUCAGUGGUGAUUACUCUGGCUUCUCACGUCAUGUUGGCUUUUACUUUCUGGAACCCUUGGAUCGCUAUGUGUUUGUUAGGAAUAGCUUACUCUCUUCUUGCCUGUGCCUUGUGGCCCAUGGUUGCUUUCGUGGUCCCUGAACACCAGCUGGGAACAGCUUAUGGCUUUAUGCAGUCCAUACAGAACUUGGGUCUGGCAGUGAUUGCCAUAGCUGCUGGUAUGAUACUGGAUUCCCGAGGAUACCUGUUCCUAGAAAUCUUCUUCAGUGCUUGUGUGUGUUUGUCGCUCAUAGCUGUAGUCAUGUUGUACUUUGUGAAUCUCAUCCGAGGAGGUGACCUUAACUGGUCUGCAAAGAGAAGGGAGAAGUUUCAGAAGCUGGCUGAGGCAGAAGCAGAAAGACGGGAAAAAAUCAGACGGCAGAAUGAAGAUGACUUAGCCAAAUUACAGCCAAAGAGUGACUUUAGUUUGAGGAAUAGGUAUCUCUCCAGAUUAGGUGCUCAGCUGCCAGACAACUAUGCUUGCCCGUUACCUGCGCUGGCACACAGAAGUGUGUUGAAGUAGCACAGUUGUGUUGAGACGCAGGAACACAGUCUGAAAUGUUACGCAACCCAGGACCUCGCUCUUUCGUAGCAGGGAGCUGCAAGUAGAACGGAAACAGAAUAAUAUUCAGUAUUUUUCGGCAAACGAAGAAAACAUAGGUAGCCUCUUGAAGAUUUUAAGACAGUACAUUUAACUCUGAGCCAAGUGUAGAGGGGUGGGGGGAGGAGAGAAGCUCAUAAAAACAUCAUCCCUUUUAACAUCUGUGGGCUGCUGUUGGCAGCCUUCUGCUUGUAGAAUCCAUAUCGAGUUACGUUUCCCAUUGUAAUAAAUGUGAGGGGCAGUUUGGGUCAUGUACAGCUGUUAGCCUGGGACUUUAACAACACAUAUUAAUUGCGGUAAUUAUAUUCUGCCUUCACAUUGGACAUCCGUGUUCUUAUUUUAUGUCCCUUUCUCUAUAUAUAAAAAAGGGAAGCUAUAUGAUCUUAAUUCACUUGAUGUUUCAUUUCUGUGAAAUUUUAUUCCUUAUCUGUAACUUUUAAAGAAGUGCACAGCUUCAGAGUAGCUGUCUUGAUCUUUUCCUUGUCAAUGAAAAGCAGAGUGUCGACGUUUCCUAUGGAAAUAGCUCAGUAUGUGUAUUUUUUUCUUAACCAAGGCAAACAGUAAUUUUAUAGAAAAUGAGAAGUCUUCGGUUACCGUUCACAGCAAUCAGGAUCGCCGUGGUUGCUUUUGUACUCCUAAAUUAAUGAAACAGUUCGACUGAGAAACAGACCUCGAGGUCUGGUGCUGCACAACCAUUUCAAUAAAAAGUCAGUGCUAGUUGCAUAGUUCUUCAUGUCUAACUGUGUAGCUUUUAUUCAGUUAGUACUGAUUUUCUGGGGUUAAUGUUAACUGGUGCAUCUUAAGAUACCUGGAGCACAGAAUAUUACAAAACGCACGGUGGGGGAAACGUCUUUUAUAUCUCAUAGUAACAAUAUUGCUUAACGUGUUUAAAUUGUAAAUAACUACCUUGGGCUGUAGUGAUUCCAUUGAGGGCCUAUUGAGUGCAAGUUUUCUUGACGUAAAGGUGAUUUUUUUGAAAACUAAAAGCUGUGGAUGGAUUUUUUGUUCCAUUUGAUCUUAUUCAGCAUUUAAUUGUAAAUACAAUUUGUAAAGCAUAGAUAAGUUACUGGCAAUUGAUUGGCUUGUAAAUGUGUCCCCCCCCAUCCUAGAAAUAAAGCCAAAUAAGCAAAAUGUAUGAGUUUUUAAAAAUAUUGACCCUUGCUUUCAUUUCUUAACAAGCGUCGUUCCAUUGAGUUAUAACAGCCUUG